GCGAUCACCGUCAACAUGGCGCCUCCAUCGAUCUGCAAUUCCUCCUCUCCGCCACUACAUCUCAACCCACCUUAAACCCUCAUUUCCUUCCAUCCCAACGUGCCCGAGUCCAACAUGCUCCUGCGCGCCCACUCCCUCUAUGCCGGAAGGUUUGGAGAUUGAUCAUGAGAAGAAUUUGAAUGGGACAAUGGCAGCCUAUGCAGAGCAAGUACUGAUCUGCACCGGGAAAUACGACUGGAUGAGCAGGAUCGAAGAGGAGAACGCGGGGGAUAAUCUGGCUGCGGAUAUUAAGGAGUUGCUUGGACGGGGCGGGGUGUAUCGUGAUCCAUACCACAACGUCUCCGUAAUCAAUUCCUCGUUCCCGAGUUCCGUGCCAGAACGAAGAGAGAUACAGACAACGAGCGCGUAUAUCCUUCCAAGCUUCAAAUACGUCCCUUUCCUCCCACGAGUAUCGUUUGAUUCCGUGCAAGCGUUGGUCAAGGGCUACUUACUGCCGAAGAAGUUGCAUCCUGCACACGACAACCUUUCGCCUAUACACCGAGACCGAUUGCUACGCAGUGAAAGCCAGGGGUCAUUCUUAUAUGGCGUGCAAGAUGUGGAGGAUGUGUUGGUACUGAUUUGUGGACAUGGAGGGCGGGAUGGGAGGUGUGGUGUCAUGGGACCGGUGCUGAGAGAGGAAUUUGAGAGGCAACUGCCAGGUCAAGGUUAUCAAGUACUCAAAGGACCCGUGGAAUCGUCUCCCAACAGGGAUGAAUUACUGCUCGAGGAUGGAAAGAGGGAGCAGGCGGGGAAGGGGAUAGCGAGAGUAGGCCUUAUAAGUCAUAUUGGCGGACACAAGUUUGCUGGGAAUGUGAUACUGUAUUUCCCGCCUGGGUUGAAAGGAAAAGAUGGAAAUAGACAUGCGUUGGCGGGGUGCGGGAUUUGGUAUGGGAGGGUUGAACCUAGGCAUGUGGAUGGUAUUCUGAAGGAGACUUUGGGGAAUGGCAAGGUGGUCGAGGAGAUGUUUAGAGGCGGCAUCAGGCAGGGCGGGGAGAUUUUGAGAUUGUGAGGAUGUACUUUGCAUGUUUGCCGGAGAAGAGAGUGCUUGAUUGGAGGAUGUUUGAGGAACCUCGCAAGGCGAGCAUAAAGCGAAGUCGAACCCAAGUCAUCCUAUUUGCGUAGAACAUAUUGUGGGGUUGGCGUACGGCUGCAUUGAAGGCGAUUAGACUGGGGGAUGUUGGCAUAGAUUCAACUCCUGUACGAUAUGUUCAACAACUCCGUUCUCGCAAACUUGAGCUCCUUCCUGUCUGCCCCACGGAGUUCGGCCAAGG